UGGAUCGAAAAGGAGUCAACAUGAGGCUGAAAAUAAUAUUUGUGUUGAGUCUACAAUGUCUUCUAAACGUAGCUCUAUGCGGAACAAUACCAAGAUCAGACCCGUACCUUCGCUCGUUGGUAAAGCGUUACGGAACAACCGCGAAUGCUGGCAACUAUUCUGGUUGCGGCGAACCACUGCUGCUAACACCACUUAUUGAGGCCAAGAAGCUGGGAGAAGCCAGAAACGCUGCUAAGGUCGACCCAGCACUCUUCAUGGGAAGGGAGAGUUACUCUGGAUAUCUGACGGUUAACAAGCAAUACAACAGCAACCUGUUCUUCUGGUACUUCCCGGCGCCGGGCAGGGCUGCGGGAGAGACGCCCCUCAUCCUGUGGCUGCAGGGAGGGCCGGGGGCUUCCUCCCUGUACGGCCUUUUCAAUGAAAUCGGCCCUUUUAGAGUCAACGGGAGCGGGCAGUUAGAAGAGAUGCCUCACUCGUGGGGGACGAACCACUCGCUGUUGUUCAUCGACAACCCUGUUGGUGCCGGCUUCAGCUUCACCGACCAUGACAGCGGAUACGCCACCAACCAGACACAGAUAGGUUCGAGCCUCUACUUUGCACUGCAACAAUUCCUGACAGUAUUUCCUGAACUGAGGCCAGCUCCCCUCUUCAUAGCGGGCGAGUCCUACGCGGGCAAACACAUUCCCUCCCUGGGUAUCCAGAUACACUGGCACCGGAAGACUGACCAGGCUGAGAGGCCUAUCAACCUGCAGGGCAUGGCAAUUGGCAAUGGAUUUGUUGACCCGGCAACUCUCAUGAGGGUCAGUUUUCUGAUGCGGGAGAUGGGACUCAUAGACGAUCGCAGAGCGGACAUGGUGAGGGGGAUGGAGGAGGCGGCUGAAAAGUAUUUGAAGGAGGGAGAGACGACUAUGGCGUUCUAUACAUUCAUGUCAGCAUUAGGUGUUGCUUUCGGCUCGUCUGGUAUAUCAAACGAGUACAAUGUUUUGAGCGACAAGGAGGGGAUGGAUCUUCGCUACGUAGAGCUCCUGCAGCAGCAUCAAAUACGAAAGGCUCUACAUGUUGGGAACACGACCUUCGAUAAUAUAAGCAUGAAGGUAUACAGCAAAGUAUCGGAAGAUAUGAUGAACAGCGCCAAACCCUGGAUGGAGGAGCUGCUGAACCAUUACAGGAUCAUGACAUAUAAUGGCCAUUUGGACGCUAUGGUGCCGUAUCACGCAUCGGUCCACACCUACAACUCGUUGGUAUUCGAGGGGGCGGCGGAGUACGCCACCGCCCCGCGCCACGUGUGGCGGUACCCUAACGUAGGGGUCGUUGCUGGGUACUACAAGUCUGCCGGACGGUUUCUGGAGGUGAUGGUGCGGGGCGCCGGUCACAUGGUGCCGGAGGACAAGCCCGCUGAGGCCCUCGCCCUCAUCUCGGCCUUCGCCCUUGACCAACCCCUGGACUCCCCGGGACCGAAGCCCAAAGAAGUCAACAUGCUGCUGAAAAUAUUAUUUGUCUUGAGUUUACAAUGUCUAAUAGACAAGGCCCUCUGCGGUACUAUACUGAGGUCGGACCCGUACCUCUACUCGUUGGUGAAGCGCUACGAAACAGCCGCGACCGCCGGCGACUGCGCUGGCUGUGGUGAUCCACUGCUGCUGUCACCACUGAUAGAAGCCAACAAGCUGGUGGAAGCCAGAAACGCUGCUAAGGUCGAUUCAGCACUCUUCAUGGGUCGGGAGAGCUACUCGGGCUAUUUGACGGUCAACAAGCAAUACAACAGCAACCUGUUCUUCUGGUACUUCCCGGCGCCGGGCAGGGCUGCGGGAGAGACGCCCCUCAUCCUGUGGCUGCAGGGAGGGCCGGGGGCUUCGUCCCUGUAUGGCCUGUUCGUCGAAAUUGGCCCUUUCCACGUCAACGGGAGCGGGCAUUUGGAAGAGAGGGUGCACUCGUGGGGGACGAACCACUCGCUGUUGUUCAUCGACAACCCUGUUGGUACCGGAUUCAGCUUUGCCGACAACGACGACGACGGUUAUGCCACCAACCAGACACAGAUCGGUUCGAGCCUCUACUUCGCCCUGCAACAGUUUCUAACAGUUUUCCCCGAGCUCAGGCCAGCUCCACUCUUCGUAGCGGGCGAGUCCUACGCGGGCAAACACAUCCCCUCCCUGGGUAUCCAGAUACACUGGCACCGGAAGACUGACCAGGCAGAGAGGCCUAUAAACCUGCAGGGCAUGUCUAUUGGAAACGGCUUCAUCGACCCGCCUAGGCUGAUGAGGCACAGUUUUCUGCUGCGAGAGCUCGGACUAGUAGACGAUGCCACAGCCGCCAUCUUGAGGCAGAUAGAGGAGACGGCUGGAAAGUAUUUGCAGGAGGGAGACACAGAAAUGGGACUAUUUACGUUCCUGUCUGGAAUGGGCAUGUCCCGGGAGGUUUCUGGAAUAACAAACCAGUACAACUUCUUGAGCAACACUGAAGGGCUUGCUAACCUACGCUAUGUAGAGUUUCUGCAGCAGCAUCACAUCCGGAAGGCCAUACACGUGGGGAACACGACCUUUGACAAUUUAAACAAGGUGGUAUACAUGAAACUCGGGCUCGAUAUGAUGAACAGCGCCAAACCCUGGCUAGAGGAGUUGCUGAAUCAUUACAGGAUCAUGACUUACAGUGGUCACCUGGACGCAAUGGUGCCGUACCACGCGUCUGUCUACAGCUACAAGUCACUGGUGUUCAAGGGGGCGGCGGAGUACGCCACCGCCCCGCGGCACGUGUGGCGAUACCCUAACAUGGAAGUGGCUGGGUACUACAAGUCUGCCGGUAGAUUCCUGGAGGUGAUGGUGCGGGGAGCCGGCCACAUGGUGCCGGUGGACAAGCCCGCGGAGGCCCUCGCCCUCAUCUCGGCCUUCACCCUCGACCAGCCCCUGGACUCCCCGGGACCGAAGCCCUAAACACAAAAACGUAUGUUUACCUAUGCUUAAUUUUUUCUUUAAAAGUACCGA